AUGGCUUCCGAUCUGUACCGGACGUGUCGAGAUGGCGAUGACCUGAACGACGGGCCGGCCGGAUGCACGUUGGGAAGGGAUGGGGAAGACGCGACGUUGGGCUACAUGUCCGGCUCUGUCGCGUCGGCAACCGGUCCCUGCCAUGCGUACACAACAGCCCGGCCGGCCACGGUGUCCACGAUGUUCUCCCGCUGUCCCUUCCGCUGUCCGGACACGUGGGUCAAGUCGAUCUAUCUGGCCUGCGCAACUCUGAUCACGGCAACGUUCAUCGUGGAGUGCAUCCUCCUUCAUUUGGUCAUCAUUCCCUACGUCCACGAGUCCGGCUUCACCGAGACGACAUGCUAUUUUGUCAGUUCCGACAUGGCGGGUCAGCCGAUGCGCUGCGAGAACAAGUGCUCAAAGGAUAGAUCGCAUUUUCCCUGUCUUCGGGUCAAGGUGAAGUAUGAAAAAGAGCGGGCAAAUCAUUCGGCCAUCAUGUUUGACAAUAUCGCCACGUAUCAACACUACAAACAGUCAAAGGUGAGAAGCGUGUGUAAGUGUGUGUUGAAAUGUGGAAAACGAGUAGAGAGUAUGUGUCACGCGAGGAAUAGGAUUGUCGCAAAUGGUGGGUUUACUCACAUAAAAACACAUUUGGUCGUCACGGCUAAACUUUCGACCGUCUCAUGA